CCCAGUCGUCUCCCAUCCUUCUUCCCCAUCGCACUUCGCAGCUAGCCGCGCGCCCACUCUACUUCCGACCACACAGCCUCUCAGUCGACCGACCUUCGCUCGCCCUGCAUUGUUCUGUGAAGACGAUGUCUGGCAGGAGGUCGCGCGGCUCCGUGUCGGAGGAGGAGAUCAACGAGCUCAUCUCCAGGCUCCAGACCCUGCUCCCCACCGCGCGCCGCCGCGGCAGCAGCAGCAGCCAGGCGUCGACGACGAAAAUGCUCAAGGAGACGUGCAGCUACAUCAAGAGCCUGCACAGGGAAGUGGACGACCUCAGCGACCGCCUCUCCGACCUCAUGUCCACCAUGGACAACAACAGCCCCGCCGCCGAGAUCAUCCGCAGCCUCCUCCGCUAGCUAGAUACCUGCUCAUCAUCAUCAUCAUCAUCAUGGAUCACCUCCUGCUGAUUGUCCUAAGCUAGCUCAUCAUCUACGUACAGCUCCUGCAUGCCUAGCUAAUUAAGCGCAUAUGGUCUACACAUACAGUACAUGGUAUAUAUGCCGUCCGUCGAUCUCUGCAAGCAUACAUAUGCAGAUCGAUCGAUACCUAAGGACUGCAUGGUAAGGCUGGUCUAAUUUACUUGGUAGGGCAUCCAUCAUUAGCUAGGGCCGCCACCUAAGUUCUAUAGCUGCUUAAUUAGCUCACCCUUGCAUGUGGUUUCCUCCCGGUUUCCAUCCCUCCGAUCCCCCUCUCUCAUGUUCUCAUCUGCCUGUGUAAACUUGGUUACUUAUUUGCAGUCUGGAUCGAGUUGUUUCCCCUAGAGACAACCGGCCGACCGCUAGCUACCCAUCCGGUGGUGGUACUGCUAAUAUACUGCUCCUACUCGGUAUCAAUCACCCAUGAAUGUAUGUACUAUGUACUGUCGUGGCUUCGGCUGAAUGACUAUUAUAAUUAAUCCAAACUGAUUAUGUUAUCUGUUAAA